AUGUGGAGGGUACAACGGGAGGCAACCCUAACUCUGUCAAAAUUCCCCCAACCGAACCGUAAACUACUCAGAACUUUAGUCACAUCGAAUUUAAGGAAUAACAGUCGUUUACAAUGAAAGGUAGCCGGAUCGAGCUGGGGGACGUUACGCCCCACAACAUUAAACAGUUGAAACGCCUCAACCAGGUCAUCUUCCCCGUCAGCUACAAUGACAAGUUCUACAAGGACGUGCUCGAAGUGGGAGAGCUCGCCAAGCUAGCGUACUUCAAUGACAUUGCAGUGGGGGCAGUGUGCUGCAGAGUGGACCACUCUCAGAACCAGAAGAGACUGUACAUCAUGACACUGGGCUGCCUAGCGCCCUACCGCAGAUUAGGCAUAGGAACGAAGAUGCUGAACCAUGUGUUAAACAUCUGUGAGAAGGAUGGCACUUUUGACAACAUUUACCUUCAUGUGCAGAUCAGCAAUGAGUCUGCAAUCGACUUCUACCAGAAGUUUGGCUUUGAGAUCAUUGAGACGAAAAAGAACUACUACAAAAGGAUAGAACCGGCAGAUGCACACGUGCUUCAAAAGAGCCUGCGCAGCCCUUGUGCGCCCCCUGGGGGAGAGUUGCAGAAGGCAGAGUAGCCUCUGGAAAGAGAAUAGUCGUGCCCCGCCUCCCCAAGAAACAGAACUGUGACAGAUGCCCAUGGGUCGACACAUUCACCACUUUCUUCAAAGGACGUUAAAAAGAGAAAACAAAUUCAAAGUUUAAAAAAACAAAACAUGGCUGCAUUUUGAUUUAGCAACAAAACAAACACAUUUUGCAUUUUAUUUUUACUAUUUUUCUUCAUUUAGAAAUUUGAAAACAAAAUAAAGGAUUCAGAAUCCAAAA